AUGGAGUAUGGGAGUGCUUACUGGUUAUCUUGCUGGGAGUCCAUGUCAGCAAAUGCAGCAAGCAAAAUUGACUUGGUCUGGUCUAUGGGCAUUGGCAGGAGCGUGGAUGAGACGAACGGGAGGGUGCAACUUGAGCUUGAGCUGACUAUCCUCGCUGUUGACUAUCCAGGGGAUGAAGAGCUUCUGGACAGUGUCCAAAACGAAUUUGCAGUUCGGGAGACAGAAUUGGGCCUGGGCCUGGGCCUGGGCUUGGGCAUAGCAAAGGGAGAUUUGGAGCUCACGGUCAUGAUAGCUGGAGCUUCGUCAAGCUCGGCCAUGGUGGCCGAAGCUCGUGGCCAAGGUUGCUUGAGCUUUGGUCAAGCUCAGCCAUUCGGCCAUGGCAGCUAUAGCUUCUUCGAGCUCGUUGCCAUGGCCAUCGAGUUUUGUCGGGCUCGAAGAGCCAAUUUAUGCAAUUAUCUUUCCUACAUUAUCAAAGCAUCAAAUCCGUUGGUCCUCCUCCCCAGCGCAAAGAUCGGAUACAAACAGAGACACACUCCUUCACAGAUUCAAUCUCUCUCUCUAGAACAUGGAGAGCCUCUUCGCGCUCCACUCUCUCUCCACCGCCGCUGCACGGCCACGGCCACCGCCGCCGCCACCCGCUCAUCCUUCUCCUCCUCCCUCCUCCACCGCCGGCGGCCCUUCCUGAAAUCGCCACCGCCCAUUUCCCUCCCCACCCUCCGAUCAAAACCUUCCUCUUCGUCCCCUCAAAGGUCACUCCUUUCUCUUCACUCCCAAUUCGCCUUCGACCCCAACCCCAAGACCCACUUCCCAAUCCGCGCCUCCUCCGCCUCUCCUCCUCCGCCGCUGCGGUCCCCCCCUCCCCAAGGCGCCAAGCCCCUGCCCUUCAUCGUCUCCGUCGCCGUCGGCCUUGCCGUCCGCUUCCUCGUCCCGAAGCCCCUCGACGUCUCCCCGCAGGCCUGGCAGCUCCUGGCCAUCUUCGUCUCCACCAUCGCCGGCCUCGUCCUCAGCCCCCUCCCCGUCGGCGCCUGGGCCUUCCUUGGCCUCACUGCCUCCAUCGUCACCCGCACGCUGUCGUUCUCCGCGGCCUUCUCCGCGUUCACCAACGAGGUGAUCUGGCUGAUCGUGAUCUCCUUCUUCUUCGCCCGCGGGUUCGUGAAGACCGGACUCGGGGAUCGGAUUGCGACCUACUUCGUGAAGUGGCUGGGAAAGAGCACGCUGGGGCUGUCGUACGGGCUGACUCUGAGUGAGGCGCUCAUUGCGCCCGCCAUGCCGAGCACCACCGCAAGGGCCGGCGGGGUAUUCUUGCCGAUCAUUAAUUCGCUGUCGCUCUCUGCAGGGAGCCGGCCCGGCGAUCCCUCUGCCAGGAAGCUCGGGUCUUAUCUCAUCCAAUCUCAAUUUCAGUCUGCUGGUAACUCUAGUGCUCUUUUCCUGACUGCUGCAGCUCAAAACCUCCUCUGCCUCAAACUGGCGGAAGCACUAGGAGUUAUCAUACAAAAUCCUUGGGUUUCUUGGUUCAAGGCUGCUAGUUUACCGGCCAUUGUCUCUCUUCUAGCUACGCCAUUCAUAUUGUACAAGCUAUAUCCUCCUGAAACCAAAGACACCCCAGAUGCCCCUGCUAUGGCUGCCAAAAAGCUGGAGAAUAUGGGUCCUGUCACGAAGAAUGAGUGGGCCAUGGUUGGCACAAUGCUACUUGCAGUAUCACUUUGGGUGACUGGAGACGCCCUGGGGAUACCUAGUGUUGUAGCUGCUAUGAUUGGCUUAUCAAUACUAUUGUUCUUGGGAGUCCUUGACUGGGACGACUGCUUGAGUGAAAAAUCAGCGUGGGACACAUUAGCCUGGUUUGCUGUUUUAGUUGGUAUGGCGGGGCAAUUGACGAAUCUUGGCAUUGUGACAUGGAUGUCUGGUUGUGUGGCUAAGUCCUUGCAAUCCUUCUCCUUGAGCUGGCCCGCUGCAUUCGGUGUUUUGCAGGCAUCUUAUUUCUUCAGCCACUACCUGUUUGCUAGCCAAACGGGUCAUGUGGGCGCUUUAUAUUCUGCAUUUCUCGCCAUGCAUUUAGCAGCUGGAGUGCCUGGUGUGUUAGCAGCACUAGCAUUGGCCUAUAAUACGAACCUAUUUGGCGCUUUGACACACUAUAGCAGUGGACAAGCUGCUGUCUACUACGGAGCUGGUUACAUAGAUCUUCCCGACGUGUUCAAAAUGGGAUUUGUGAUGGCCCUUAUCAACGCCCUCAUAUGGGUAGUUGGAACCUUUUGGUGGAAAUUCUUGGGUCUCUACUGACCAAAUUAAACAAGACGCUGGUACACGAUUUUUAUACAUCAUCCCAUUAUGUCCUUACCAUUGAGCUUACUUUCCGUCCUUGGGAAGUUCCAAUUUUUAGGAGCUCUACAUGAGAUUGUUUGAAUAAUGUACUGCUAUUUUUUGGUGCAAGCCUUAAAGUUCAGAAAUUGAGU